AUGCCGAGCCCCCGGAGGAGCGCCGAGGGCCGCGCGCUGGGCGCCCCCACCGCCAACAGCAGCCCGGGCAGCCCGGCGCACAGCAGCCCUGCGCACGGCGGCGGCGGCAGGUUCGAGUUCCAGUCCCUGCUCGGCAGCCGCGCGCCCGGCACCGACCCCACCUGCGCGCGGCUCCGCGCGUCCGAGAGCCCUGUGCACCGGCGCGGCUCCUUCCCACUGACCGGCCCGGGCCCCGUGCCCGCGCCGCCCGGCCCGCCGCCCGACGAGGCCCGCAUGAACUUGAACCCGUCCUUCCUGGGCAUCGCCCUGCGCUCCCUGCUGGCCAUCGACCUGUGGCUGUCCAAGAAGCUGGGCGUGUGCGCCGGGGAGCGCUCGGCCUGGGGCAGCGUGCGGCCGCUGAUGAAGCUGCUGGAGAUCUCGGGCCACGGCAUCCCCUGGCUGCUGGGCACCCUCUACUGCCUGGCCCGGAGCGACAGUUGGGCUGGGCGCGAGGUGCUCACCAACCUGCUCUUCGCCCUGAUGCUCGACCUGCUGCUGGUGGCCCUCCUCAAAGGGCUGGUCCGCCGGCGCCGGCCGGCGCACAACCAGAUGGACAUGUUUUUCACCCUCUCCGUGGACAAGUACUCCUUCCCCUCGGGCCACGCCACCAGGGCCGCCCUGGUAGCACGCUUCAUCCUGAACCAUCUGGUGCUGGCCAUUCCGCUGAGGGUGCUGACGGUGCUGUGGGCCUUCGUCCUGGGCCUCUCCAGGGUGAUGCUGGGGCGGCACAACGUCACCGACGUGGCUUUUGGCUUCGUCCUGGGUUACAUGCAGUACAGCAUCGUGGACUACUGCUGGCUGUCACCCCACAAUGCUCCGGUCCUCUUCGCACUGUGGAGUCAGUCGUGA